AUGCAUCACAUAGAAGUUAAAUUAUAUGAAAAGUGGCUUUUUCGUGCUCAACAAUGUGGCAAAUCUCCAUCAGGGACGUUGCUUUUCCGAGCUGAAAACAAUAAAAAUCGUGCCGAAUACAACGGCGAAUCAACAAGAUAUAUGGCAACACGGGUUGAAACUAUCAAUUAUGGUACAAAAAACGGAAUUACAGUAUCGGGUACUAGUGGUUAUGUUCAUGGAAACAUUCCGAACAUUUCGUUUGCACAUAACGGGAAUGGGGGGAAUGAAUUCAAUCCAGUUGCUACUGAAAUUGAUCGAUGUCGAUUACGAACAAACAAUAUACGAGCAAAUUGCGGCGGAGGAACAGCUAAUGCAAGUACACGUGAUUGCACUAAUCAUUGCUUUCAAGCUGAUUUCUUGGAAUCCCCAACAGCAGCUAUUUUUAACACCGUACGGUUAUCGGCGGUUUCUACAACCGAUGCACAUUCAUUGCCGCAAAGUAAUAUUAGCGGUGGGGCAACAACUAUAAGUGGAACCGAACGAAGCCCAGGCAAUAUGUUAUCCACUUUAUCUACUACUGGCACUCAGCAUUCUCGUUCCUUAACUUCUUAUGAUCCUUAUGUUAACAACAGUUUUACUACAUCUGCCGCGACCUCUUCUAAUACCGUAUUUGCUUUCAACAAUAAUUCCGUCCUUACACAAUCAAAUUUAUCCACAAGUCCGGUGAACUGUGCUACAGAAAUCCUACAUGUCGCUCAUAACAAAGAAAAUGGCGGCAGUGACACAACAGAAAGUAUUGAAGACUGGCAGAUGUUUGCACCGUUUGUGGCCCAUGACGAUAUGAUGCAACUAUCAACAGAUCUGCAAGGACUUUUACCGGAAUUUAGCGUUGUUGAUUGGGUACCGUCAGAUCCAGCGCCGUUAACAAGUUUGCCUGUUGAAGAAAGAAGUGUCGCACUAUUGGGGAAUGUAUCGAUACCAAUGCAAAUGGCACUUGAACGAUCAAAUGUAUACGCAAAUUCUGGCAUUUCACUUCUUUCAAAACCAAAUCCUUUUGGUCUUACGGCUACUUCGUGGCGACAAUUGCAACAGCAAUAUCAGCAACGUCACCAUGAAAAUAUGAAUGCUGAAGCAACAACAGCUGCAACUGCAACUCCAUUGUUGGAAGUAGAACUUGCAGCAACAUAUACUUGA